AUGACUGAUAGUACCAACUCAACAACCACCCCGACAACCACCCCCCCUGAGAGUGGUACUAGCGCUUCUCAGAGCCAGAACGGUGGACAAGCCUCGGGCCCCGUCUGCAGAGUGACUUCAUUCUACAGCUUCGGCGAGUCUGCUUCUGCCUGUAGCAUUGGGGGCACUUACUCCGGCCGAAUGUAUGUAGAACUACUACAAGGCGCCAGCAGUUCAAGCAGACAAAACAUUGUUCUUCUCCACGGUGAUUACUUUACUGGCCAGACAUGGGGCACCAAGCCAGAUGGAGACCCGGGUUGGGCAGAAUAUUUCACCUCCAGGGGACACAAUGUUUUCCUGCCCGACUUGCCCGGCGUUGGCAGAUCGGCGCUUCGUCCCCAAGACGACUACCAAGACCCCAAUUUCCCAAGGAUGGUGCGAAGCCUGCCCGCCGCCACGGUCGAGCAGGAGUACACUGCCUCUGAGAAGACUCCUCUACACGACGGUAAGCUUGCAUGGGUAACUGCCGAUCGACAUAGCCAAUGGCCAGGAAACGGUGUCCGAGGCGAUCCCAUCUUUGACGCCCUCAUGGCUUCCACCACCAGCAUGGUUCUCCCAAAGCAAAAGCAUGAAGAGCUGGGCAAGAAGGCAUUGGUGGAUCUGCUCAAAAUGAUUGGCCCUUCAUUCUUGGUUGGACACGGCACUGGAGCCACCAUCGCCUGGCUUGCCGCCGAUGCUGUCCCGAUGCUGGUUCGAGGCGUCGCAGCAUUCGAGCCGGAUGGCCCCCCCUGUGCCUUGUCGGGGACCCCCGUGGGCGGACGCAUGACAUACUCGCCAUUCUUGCAGUACAACCCAACGAUCCGACGAUAUGGACUUUCCGACAUUCCGCUUACCUUUUCGCCGGCGGCAAGAAAUCACCCUCAGCCUCUGGACAUCGAGGUGCGCCAGCUGGCGAGCAACGAUGGAUGCUGGAUGGGCCAGAAAUGGAUCCCAAGCCUCCAAGUCGUAAACAUGCGCAGAAAGGAGGGACAAGAGCCAGUGCCGCAGCUGGUUAAGCUCAUGCGGAUGCGCCACGCCAUCUUCACCAGCGAAUCGAGCCCUCAUUCCGUCUUUGACUACGGCACGGUGCGGUUCUUGCGACAAGCAGGUCCCUGCCUCGACUUUUUCAGUUUGCCAACUAGGGGGAUCCACGGAAACGGGCACUUGAUGCAUCUGGAGAAGAACAGUGAUCAGAUUGCUGCCCUUUUGGGAGACUGGAUGAAUGAGAUUAUCACGGACGAGAGCCGCGAU